CGCCAGCCUCCCAGCUGCGUCCGCCGCUGCCUUGUCUGGCCGCCCCCUCCCCGGUGUCUGCUCCGCGCACUGCCUCCUCCCCCCCUCCUCCUCUCCUCCGCUCCCAUUCCCCGGGACCCCCCUGAAGCCGCUGCCUCCCUCCGUUCACCGUCCCGGCUCCCCGGACCUCCCUCCCUCCCUCCCCCCCCUCACCCCACCAUCUCUCCGCCCGGUGAAUGCACCAGCGACCGUGAAACAUGACGGGCAUCGCCGCCGCCUCUUUCUUCUCCAACUCCUGCAGGUUCGGCGGCUGCGGGCUGCAGUUCGAGACUCUGGCCGAGCUCAUCGUCCACAUCGAGGACAAUCACAUCGACACAGAUCCACGGGUCCUGGAGAAGCAGGAGCAGCAGCAGCCCACCUACCUGGCCCUGAGCUACAUCAACAGGUUCAUGACGGACGCGGCACGCCGCGAGCAGGAGACCAUGAAGAAGAAGGCCACGCCCAAGCUGUCGCUGUCCAUCACGGGCGGCAUGUCCAGGAACAGCACGGCCACGCCGCCGCGCCACACCAGCGGCAACCUGACGCCCCCCGUCACGCCCCCCAUCACCCCGUCCUCCUCCUUCCGCAGCAGCACGCCCACAGGCAGCGAGUAUGACGAGGAGGAGGUAGACUACGAGGAGUCGGACAGCGACGAGUCGUGGACCACAGAAAGCGCCAUCAGCUCCGAGUCCAUCCUGAGCUCCAUGUGCAUGAACGGCGGAGAGGAGAAGCCGUUCGCCUGUCCCGUCCCCGGGUGUAAGAAGAGAUACAAGAAUGUGAACGGCAUCAAAUACCACGCCAAGAACGGCCACCGCACGCAGAUCCGCGUGAGGAAACCCUUCAAGUGUCGCUGCGGCAAGAGCUACAAGACGUCGCAGGGCCUGAGGCACCACACCAUCAACUUCCACCCGCCCGUCUCCACCGAGAUCCUCCGCAAGAUCCAAGGCUAGCGCGCCGCGCCCGCGCCGGGUCAGCCGCCCCACAAACACGAGCCCCGUCCCGGCGCUCCUCACCCAUCCCAAAC